UGUCUAUAUACCUUUAAAUAUAUUCAUUCAUCAAGAGUUCUUAUCCCGAUAUGUUUGCAGCCUUAGAUGAGUAUGAUGAUUGUGAGGCUGACGCUCAUCGUAUGAGAAUGGGUGUUAUGGCGACACUUGUUUCUUCAAGCUCUAGGGGUCAUCGUGAGUACAUUGACCGAGGCAGGGAAGAUGGCCACCAACGUUUGAUGGAUGACUAUUGGAGUCUAAAUCCAACUUACAACGCUCACAUCUUCCGGCGUCAUUUUCGCAUGCAACUGGCUUUGUUUGAUCGAAUGAUGAAUGAUGUGGUGCGAGCCGAUCCUUUCUUUGCACCAAAAAAAGAUGCACUAAAUAAGGUAAAUUACAUGGUGAACAAUAACAUCUACAAUCAAUGUUAUUAUUUAGCCGACGGAAUCUAUCCCACAUGGGCUACUUUUGUUAAAACAAUUAGUAACCCCGACACCCCCAAGAAAUGCAUCUUUGCUUCUAAGCAAGGGCGUAUCGCUAAGAUGUGGAAAGACCGUUUGGCAUUUUACAAACGCGAUGGGCUAUCGUGCGAGGACCCGGCCGAAUGUAUCAGACACAGAUAUUACGUGAUAUAAUGCUCACAUGCAUUAUUUUACACAACAUGAUUGUAGAAAAUGAGUAUGAAGAAACUGAUGAUGAUGCAAUUACUCAUGACUAUAGUGCGCAGUAUGACUAUAUUGUUCCGCACAUUCAGCUUGAUCUUAAUCACGAUGCCCCGACUUUGCACGACUACAUGAUGCGACACAACCGCAUCAAGAGCAUUGCGGUGCACACUGCUCUUAAAAAUGAUCUCGUAAAUCAUUUGUGGGGCCAUCACGGGAACGAUGUGUAGUGGGUUACUUUAAUUUGAUGUUGUUUACCGUUUUCAUUAAUUUCAGUUGAAUAAUGCUACUACUGUUUGUAGCUUUUCCCAUUAUUGUAAUGUAUUAGGAUUUCUUCCUCUUUUUUAAUUAUUGUACCGAGUAUUGUGUGUGUUUCUAGUAAUUGAUUGUUGGUAUUUUAAGUUGACAACAUGUGUUUCAAUUGAUUUAAAUCUAAUAUUAAACAAUUUCAUAUUACGGAGUAUAUAAAAUGAAAACUUAAUGAUGGAUCACCGGACCGGGGGUAGUCGGAAUCCAAACGCAAUAAGAGAGUGAACUGAUUGGAAAAUACAGACAGAUAAUCCGACAGUAUAACAGUAGGGGAGUAGAGAAUGUGAUCCCUUUCCACAAGUUGGAAGGUGAUAUUUAU